AUGAAUACCCGUUUGCUGGAGCUGUCGUACCCCCACGGGUACGGUCCCAUGGCCUUCUCCCCGAUGGCUCACUACGACUCGCCUUUCUCAGCCUUCCUCCCCGCCGUCGCGCAGUUUGCCGCCUAUGCGGACCUCUCCCCGCGUCAUGCCCAUUCACAAAACAGUUGUGGCUCGUUUUCUGUGGAUGCACUUAUUAAUUCCACGAAUAGCGUGAACAUUUCAUCUAGCUCACACAGCCCUGGCAGUUCGGGAAGACUUAGCCCGUGCAAAUCUCCAGAUAGAAACGGGGACGAUGGAAAAGACGGGUCGGCUUCGAAACGUCGCCGAACACGGACUAACUUCAGUGGCUGGCAACUGGAAGAGUUAGAAAGAGCGUUUCAGGACAGUCAUUAUCCGGAUGUAUUUAUGAGAGAGGCUUUGGCGCUGCGAUUGGACCUGGCAGAAUCAAGAGUACAGGUUUGGUUUCAAAACAGACGUGCCAAAUGGAGAAAAAAGGAGAACACGAAGAAAGGGCCGGGCAGACCUGCGCACAAUGCUCAUCCGCAGUCAUGCAGCGGCGAUCCGAUCGAUCCUGUGGAACUGCAAAGACGGGAACAGGAACGCUUGGAGAAAAAGAGGAGGAAACAGGAGGAACGCCUGAGGAAAAUGGACGAAAGGAAGAAAAAUUCUAUGCAACCAUUGAACUGUUAUCCCUCAGAAAGAACCUCGUCAGGGGACAGCAGUGGUGACAGCUGUGGAGAAUCCCCGGGUAGUGACAAGCCUCUGCCCGGUACGUGUUCAUCCGGAAGCAAAAAGUCAGCCAGUUUGUCUCAGUCGACAAACAAUUCCGGUAGAAGGACACAAGAGAAACCGAAAUGCUCUUUUAGCAUUGACAGUUUACUAGAAACGCCCAAAGUUCCCCGUGGCCGUCGGCCCAAUUCAAAAUACCCCAGAGUUCAAGCCUGCAAAUCCAUGAGUGCUUUUUCUUACGGAAUGUUACCCUUGUACCCAAUUACCCAACCUGUGGGUUUCACAGUGGAACAACACCCAGAUGAGGAUACCACCGAUGACGCGGAGAAGACAUUGCAGCAAAUUCAUGAGAGGGACACUAAACAAUGUGAACCGACUGAUCUGUCCUGUAAAAGCCAGGAUGUUAAUAAAGGCAAUGGCUUGAUUAAAAGCGAGAAGUCAGUCUGUGAAGAAACAGCCAGCAGGACAUGCGAAACUGAUAGAAUCUCAGAAACGCAGGAAGAAACGACUGUGACAAACUUUGAAAAUGACUCUCCUGGGUCUCGGGACUGCUCGCCGGAACACUCUCCAGCCCCGCCAUCGUUGAAAGAGGAGACGGUAGACAUUAAUGUGGAGUGCACGAGUGACAAUGAAAUGGACUCUAGUUGA